CAGAUGAGGGAAAGUUUUGCCUCUUCAUGAAAGUUGUAGUAUUGUUUUAAAGAUGACUGCUACUUUUGUUUAAAAUAUUUGUUCUGGAAUUACUGAAGCUGGAGUCUACCAGACUGAGGUCAGAAGCAUUUUCUUUGGCAGAAAGAAGAUUCUUUUAUAGAAGCCAUGCCUGUACUUGGGGUUGCCUCAAAGCUAAGACAACCAGCUGUAGGGUCAAAGCCUGUUCAUACUGCCCUUCCGAUACCAAAUCUUGGCACGACUGGGUCAGAGCAGUAUUCAUCAAAGUCUUUGGAGCUUACUGGGGCAGAGAGCUCAAUGCUUUCUUGUCAGCUUACAUUAAAGUCAACCUGUGACUUUGGAGAGAAGAAAACACUUCAAGGAAAAACCAAGGAGACAGAGGAUAGUAAGAUUUACACUGACUGGGCUAACCACUACCUAGCAAAAUCUGGCCACAAGCGGCUGAUCAAGGAUUUGCAACAGGACAUUGCAGAUGGAGUUCUGCUAGCAGAAAUCAUCCAGAUCAUUGCCAAUGAAAAGGUUGAAGAUAUCAAUGGCUGUCCCAGGAGCCAAUCUCAAAUGAUUGAGAAUGUUGAUGUCUGCCUUAGCUUUCUGGCAGCCAGAGGAGUAAAUGUUCAAGGUCUUUCUGCUGAAGAAAUAAGGAAUGGAAAUUUGAAAGCCAUUUUAGGACUGUUUUUCAGUUUGUCCCGGUACAAACAGCAGCAGCACCAUCAGCAACAAUACUACCAGUCUUUGGUAGAGUUACAACAGCACGUCUCUCAUUCUUCCCCUCCCGCUGAAAUCAGCCAAUCCAAAACACAGCAAGAUAUGCAGUCCAGUCUGAGAGCCAGAUAUGCAACUCAGUCUAAUCACAGUGGAAUUGCAACCAGUCAAAAAAAGACUUCUAGGCUUCCAGGGCCCUCAAGGGUGCCAGCUGCAGGCAGCAGUACCAAGGUCCAGGGAGCUUCUAAUUUAAAUCGGAGAAGUCAGAGCUUUAACAGCAUUGACAAAAACAAGCCUCCACAAUAUGCAAAUAGCAAUGAAAAAGAUUCACCAAAAGGCCCUCAUCCAUCUGCAGGCAUGAAUGGAAAUGUGCAGCACCCCAUCAGCACUGGGCAGCAGCCGGUCUCUGCCAUACCCUCUCCAAGUGCCAGCAAGCCUUGGCGCAGCAAAUCCAUGAAUGUCAAACACAGUGCCACCUCUACCAUGCUGUCCGUGAAGCAGCCUAGUCCCGCCACCUCCCCUACUCCAUCUUCAGACAGGCUCAAACCACCCCUUUCUGAAGGAGUGAAACCCCCUUCAUCUGGACAGAAAUCCAUGCUGGAAAAGUUCAAGCUGGUUAAUGCUAGGACUGCUUUAAGACCCCCCUUGUCAUCAAGUUCAGGACCCAAUGACAGUGGAAGAGAGGAUGACACCUUUUCGGAGUGUGGUGAAAUGGAUGGCUUUAGCAGUGGACUAAAUAGUGGUGGCUCCACCAGUAGCAGUCCUAAAGUGUCACCUAAGCUAACCCCGCCAAAAGCUGGAAGCAAAAAUCUCAGCAAUAAAAAGUCUUUGCUACAGCCAAAGGACAAAGAGGAAAAGAACAGGGACAAAAAUAAAGUUUGCACUGAGAAAACAGUAAAGGAAGAGAAGGACCAGGUCACUGAAACAUCUACAAAGAAGAGCUCAAAAAUUGCAAGCUUGAUCCCAAAGGGGAGCAAGACUACAGCAGCCAAGAAGGAAAGUUUAAUACCCUCCUCUAGUGGGAUACCAAAACCUGGAUCAAAGGUACCAACAGCAAAGCAGAGUGCUUCACCUGUGUGUGCAGGAAGUAAAGAGUCUGAAAAAUUCAGGACUACAAAGGGCAACCAGUCUCAAUCGACAACGAAAUCACAAGCUAAUGAGAAAGCCUCCACUUCCUGUAAUCUUGCUUCUUCUGAAGGAAAAGAAUCUAGCCCAGCUCUGACCCCUGGUUCUUCUGCAGCUCUUUCUGUUUCAAUGGCUGCAAGCAGUGGACAAGUCACAGGAAAUGGCAUCGUCCAACUUCCUCAACAACAGCAAUAUAGUCACCCAAACACUGCCACAGUAGCUCCUUUCAUUUAUAGAACACACUCAGAAAAUGACAGUACCUCUUUACCACCUGCUGACUCCUGCACCAGUCCUACUAAAAUGGAUUUAUCAUACAGUAAGACUGCCAAACAGUGCCUAGAGGAGAUAUCUGGGGAAGACCCAGAAACAAGAAGAAUGAGAACAGUAAAGAAUAUAGCAGAUCUGCGACAGAAUUUGGAAGAAACUAUGUCCAGCCUUAGAGGGACCCAGAUAAGCCACAGCACAUUGGAGACAACGUUUGACAGCACUGUGACAACCGAAGUGAAUGGGAGAAGUAUACCAGGCUUGACAAGCCGAUCCACGCCAGUGACUUGGAGGCUUGGCCAGGCUAGUCCUCGCCUCCAGGCAGGAGAUGCCCCAUCCUUAGGUAGUGGUUACCCUCGCAGUAGUGCUGGUCGCUUCAUACAUACUGACCCCUCGCGAUUCAUGUAUACCACACCUCUUCGCCGAGCAGCUGUUUCUCGCCUCGGGAAUAUGUCACAGAUUGACAUGAAUGAAAAAGGAAGCAGUGAUCUGGACAUGUCCUCGGAAGUUGAUGUUGGCGGUUACAUGAGUGAUGGGGACAUUCUUGGGAAAAGCCUCAGAACAGAUGACAUCAGUAGUGGACCAUCUUGCUUUGUUCACAGGUGGGGAACAGCAAAAGUUCAAAUUCAACAGAGAACAAGCCCCUUUUGGAAUCAACAAAAAGAGACAAGCUGGGAUGACAGCAGCUCAGUUAGUAGUGGCCUCAGUGACACUCUUGAUAACCUCAGCACGGAUGACCUGAACACCACCUCAUCUGUCAGCUCUUAUUCCAAUAUUACUGCUUCUUCAAGAAAAAACACUCACACUCAGGAAGAAAGGAACGGGCAGAAGGAGACUGUUCUCCUGUCUCCUCCAUGGGAAGAGCUGAAGACUGAUUCAGAGAAACGGUUUGUAACAGACAGUGAAAACUGGGGCAGCACUGAAGAACUGAAGAAGCCAGAGGAGGACUUUGACAGCAAUGUAGAUGGCAGUGGGAAAUGGAAGGGUCUUCCCUCGGGGCUGUCUGAAGACUCAGAGAAGGGAGGUCAGAAAGCAUCUCUGUCUGUUUCACAGACUGGAUCCUGGAGGAGAGGCAUGACUGCACAAGUUGGAACGACCUCAUCCAGACACAAAGCUGGGACAAGUGCUCUCAAGACACCUGGAAAAACAGAUGAUGCGAAGGCUUCUGAAAAAGUGAAAACUCCCCUCAAAGGCACCUCUAUACAGCGCUCUCCAUCAGACGCAGGAAAAAGCAGUGGCGAUGAAGGAAAAAAGCCUCCCUCUGGCAUUGGACGAUCAACUGCUACUGGCUCCUUUGGAUUCAAGAAGGCUGGGGUGGGAUCUUCUACUAUAAUCACCACAAGUGGGGCAACCAUAACAAGCGGGUCGGCGACACUGGGGAAGAUGCCCAAAUCCGCAGCCAUUGGCGGCAAGUCAAAUGCAGGGAGGAAAACUAGCUUAGAUGGGUCACAGAAUCAGGACGAUGGUGUAUUACAUGUUAACUCGAAGACCACGCUGCAGUACCGGAGUUUGCCGCGCCCUUCAAAAUCAAGCACCAGCGGUAUUCCUGGAAGAGGUGGACACAGGUCCAGCACCAGCAGCAUCGACUCUAAUCUCAGCAGCAAGUCUGCAGGUGCUGCCACCACCAAACUGAGAGAGCCCACAAAGAUUGGCUCAGGGCGCUCCAGUCCCAUCACCAUCAAUCAGACAGACAAGGAAAAAGAGAAAGUGGCAGUGUCUGAUUCCGAGAGUGUUUCAUUGUCCAGUUCCCCCAAAUCCAGCCCAACAUCCGCCAGUGCCUGUGGGACACAAGGACUUAGGCAGCCAGGAUCCAAAUACCCAGACAUUGCCUCACCCACAUUCCGAAGAUUGUUUGGUGCCAAGGCUGGUGGCAAAGCUGCCUCUGCACCCAAUACUGAAAGUGUGAAACCCACAUCAGCGAUGCCCAGCCCUAGUACCACAUUAGCACGGCAAGGCAGCCUAGAAUCUCCAUCUUCGGGUACAGGCAGCAUGGGCAGUGCAGGUGGGCAAAGUGGUAGCAGCAGCCCCCUCUUCAGUAAACCCUCGGAAUUAAACACAGAUGUUGUUAGCUUAAGUCACUCCUUGGCUUCCAGUCCAGCAUCUGUUCACUCUUUCACGUCAGGUGGUCUCGUGUGGGCUGCAAACCUGAGCAGCUCCUCAGCUGGCAGUAAGGACACACCAAGUUACCAGUCAAUGACUAGCCUGCACACGAGCUCUGAAUCUAUUGACCUCCCUCUCAGCCAUCAUAGCUCUCUCUCUGGAUUGACAACAGGCACUCAAGAGGUUCAGAGCCUGCUCAUGAGGACUGGAAGUGUCAGAUCUACACUGUCAGAAAGCAUGCAGCUUGACAGAAAUACACUACCCAAAAAGGGACUAAGAUAUACCCCGUCAUCUCGGCAGACCAGCCAGGAGGAGAGCAAAGAGUGGCUGCGCUCCCAUUCCACUGGAGGCCUACAGGACACCGGCAGUCAGUCCCCUAUUGUUUCGCCUUCAGCUAUGUCUUCCUCUGCAACUGGGAAAUAUCACUUUUCCAACUUGGUGAGUCCAACCAACCUGUCCCAGUUUAACCUUCCUGGACCCAGUAUGAUGCGUUCAAACAGCAUCCCUGCACAAGAUUCUUCUUUUGACCUGUAUGAUGACUCUCAGCUGUGUGGCAGUGCCACAUCCUUAGAAGAAAGACCACGAGCAAUCAGUCAUUCAGGCUCAUUCAGAGACAGCAUGGAAGAAGUACAUGGGUCCUCAUUAUCACUGGUCUCCAGCACCUCCUCUCUCUAUUCUACAGCAGAAGAAAAGGCACAUUCGGAGCAAAUUCAUAAACUCCGAAGGGAACUGGUUGCAUCACAGGAAAAAGUUGCCACCCUCACAUCCCAGCUUUCAGCAAAUGCUCAUCUAGUAGCAGCUUUUGAAAAGAGCUUAGGAAAUAUGACUGGCCGACUGCAGAGCCUGACAAUGACAGCUGAACAAAAGGAAUCUGAGCUUAUAGAACUAAGAGAAACCAUUGAAAUGCUGAAAGCCCAGAAUUCUGCUGCGCAGGCUGCUAUUCAAGGAGCUUUGAAUGGCCCUGAUCAUGCCCACAAAGAUUUGCUUAUAAGACGACAACAUUCCUCAGAAAGUGUUUCCAGCAUCAACAGUGCCACAAGCCAUUCAAGCAUUGGCAGCGGUAAUGAUGCUGAGUCCAAGAAAAAGAAAAAGAAAAACUGGCUAAGAAGCUCAUUCAAACAGGCCUUUGGAAAGAAAAAGUCCACCAAGCCUCCUUCCUCACAUUCUGACAUAGAGGAACUCACCGAUUCAUCUCUUCCAUCAUCACCCAAAUUGCCCCACAACUCAGGGGACUGUGGGACAUUGUCAAUGAAACCAUCACAGUCAGCAUCUGCGAUAUGUGAGUGCACAGAGGCAGAGGCUGAAAUUAUUCUACAGCUAAAGAGUGAGUUGAGGGAAAAAGAGCUAAAGUUAACAGACAUUCGUCUCGAGGCCCUCAGCUCAGCACACCAUCUUGAUCAGAUUCGUGAAGCCAUGAACCGCAUGCAGAAUGAAAUUGAGAUUCUGAAAGCUGAAAAUGAUCGCUUAAAGGCAGAGACCGGAAAUACUGGGAAGCCGGCUCGACCAUCUUCUGAGUCUUCAAGCAGCACAUCCUCCUCUUCAUCACGGCAAUCAUUAGGGCUUUCUCUGAACAACUUGAAUAUCACAGACUCUGUUACGUCAGAUAUUUUACUGGAUGAUGUCACAGACGGAGCCCUCCCCAAAGAAGGCCACAGUGUUAAAAUUAUAGUCACCAUAAGUAAGGGCUAUGGUCGAUCCAAGGAUCAAAAGACACAGGCAUAUUUGAUAGGAUCCAUUGGGGUUAGUGGGAAAACCAAAUGGGACGUUUUAGAUGGAGUAAUUAGACGUCUCUUUAAGGAAUAUAUCUUCCGAGUGGAUCCAGCUACUAGCCUGGGUUUAAGCUCCGAUUGUAUUGCUAGCUACUGUAUAGGGGAUUUAAUCAGAGCCCAUAGCCUGGAAGUGCCUGAACUGCUGCCUUGUGGAUAUCUGGUUGGAGAUAAUAACAUCAUCACUGUGAACCUGAAAGGAGUGGAAGAAAACAGUUUGGAUAGUUUUGUGUUUGAUACACUAAUUCCUAAGCCAAUUACCCAACGGUACUUUAAUUUACUGAUGGAGCAUCACAGAAUCAUCCUGUCAGGACCCAGUGGCACUGGAAAGACCUAUUUAGCCAACAGACUGGCUGAAUACAUAAUAACUAAAUUGGGCAGGAAAAAAACUGAGGAUGCAAUUGCUACUUUUAAUGUAGAUCACAAAUCAAGCAAGGAUCUGCGUCAAUACCUAGCUAACCUGGCUGAGCAGUGCAGUGCUGACAACAGUGAUGCUGAUCUCCCUGUAGUAAUAAUUCUUGAUAACCUCCACCAUAUUGGUUCUUUGAGUGAUAUCUUCAAUGGUUUCCUCAAUUGUAAAUAUAAUACAUGUCCCUAUAUUAUUGGAACAAUGAACCAAGGGGUUACUUCAUCACCAAAUCUAGAGCUGCAUCACAAUUUCAGGUGGGUGCUAUGUGCUAAUCACACAGAACCAGUAAAAGGUUUCCUGGGCAGGUAUCUCAGAAGGAAACUGAUUGAGACAGAAAUAGAAAGGAACAUGCGCAAUAAUGACCUCAUCAAGAUUAUUGACUGGAUCCCUAAGACAUGGCAUCAUCUCAACAGCUUUUUAGAAACGCACAGCUCCUCAGAUGUGACCAUUGGUCCUCGCCUUUUCCUCCCUUGCCCCAUGGAUGUUGAUGGCUCCAGAGUGUGGUUCACAGACCUUUGGAACUAUUCUUUGGUGCCAUAUCUUCUGGAGGCCGUGAGAGAGGGACUUCAGAUGUAUGGUAAAAGAGCGCCAUGGGAGGAUCCCUCAAAGUGGGUAGCAGAUACUUACCCGUGGAGCUCUGCACCUGUGCAGCAUGAAUGGCCAUCAUUACUUCAGUUACGACCAGAAGACGUUGGGUUUGAGGGUUACGCAUCUGCACAAGAAGGAACAACAUCCAAGCACAUUCCACAAAGUGACACCGAAGGAGAUCCCUUGAUGAAUAUGCUAAUGAGGCUCCAAGAAGCAGCCAAUUACUCGAGUGCACAAAGCUGUGACAGUGAUAGCACCAGCCACCAUGAUGAUAUUUUGGAUUCUUCUCUUGAAUCAACUCUCUAGAGGGGACAAACCUGGAUAGAGGAUUAUAGUAAAAUCUAUUGCCACUAACUACUGCCAGGAUUAAAGCAGCACACUGAGGUCGCUGAACAAGAGCAGUGUGUUGUAGGUGGGCAGGAGGCUUAACUCUGCAAAGUCAGGAAUUAAAAUCGAAGUGGAAAGCUUGAAUUUGUUUAAUUUCAAGGCAUUUCAAUAUCAGUGGAGCCAAGUAAGACUCCAUUAAACAACUGGAAAGGGCCCUAAAUGGAGGGCAACUAAGCAGAUUGCACAUGUGUUAGCCAAACUGGAACCUUUUUUUUUGUUUUUCCUCUCUCUCUCUCUCUUUCUCGCUCUCUCUCUCUCUCGCUCUCUAAAAGCUUACAGUACAAACGUUUUGUUUUUUCCUUUACUUUUCUCUGAGGUGCUGCAUUAGCAAUGCAGUCUUCUGAUCCUCUUCUAACCUCUGUUGUGCCACAUGGUGCUGGUCACAGGACUACAGUAGUGUUUGUCGUACACUACUACCCAUUCCAAAAUGAAACAAAGAUGAUGAUAGUAACUCAAUAAGCACAAAUAGUAUUGUGCUAUCACCAGAAAACACUACUGUGAUAUGCUGGAUAAGUGCCAAUUUAAUUCUUAAUUGCCAUGGUCACAGUGACACUCUCCAUGAAGUUUUUAGUGUACAAGUCACCGAUUUUAUAAAAUUGUUUUUACCACAAAGGUCUUUUUUAACCACCUACCCACUCCUUUACAGUUUUAUACCAAUUAUUAACCAACACUGACUAAAGGCUUUUUAGGGCUUCAUUUGUUUGAGCCUUUUCAGUGGAAGAAGGAACAUUUCCUAUGGUGCUGUUUCACUGCCUUAAAACAGAUUUCUAGAACAGUUUUACGGUUCGUUUAAUUCCUAAACCAUUGGUAAUUUACACUGUUUUGUUUUCAUUUACUACCGAAAUAACGUCAGUUAACACAGUAGCCUCAUAUCUGUAUAUCAUGAUUUUUUAAGAAAUGGAUAGGAGAAAGAACAGUUGCUAUAUAGUAUUUUUAUCUUGUGAAUAGAUUGCUCUGCCUUCCCUCAUAAAUAUACAAGAAACCCAGAACCCACUUCCACUAUCACCUAAAAGCUGAGAAAGCUGACCCAGAUCCAUUCAGUCCUGUGGAAUGGAGUUUUUGAAGGAUGUUUCGAAUUCUUAUCCAGCAGAGCUGGAUGCACUUGAUGCAGCAUGAGCACAAAUAUUUGUUUAUUUUUUUUCUUUUUCUAGUUUUAAGCAUGUUGUUUUGAUUGAUAUUGUUGUACAUGAAAAAAAUAGCAUUAAAGAACACUGAAGCAGUGAUGUCCACUGUGGAAGAGGAAGAGUUUAUACUGUAAAAGUGGGUUGGUUUUGCACAGUCUACUGGGUGGGUAUUGUAAAUAUAAAAAGCCUUGCACAAAUCAAAACAAACAAACAAGAAAUUGUAUUUUAUCCUGUUGGUGUUGAGAUGUUACACUUACUGAGAUUUCCUCAAUGUUGCAAACAAAUACAGAAUGCAAACCUUAAAAGCUGUUUUUAACCUUGUGUGUUUGUCCUGUAUUUACAGUUGUUAUGACUAUGCAGGAGCUAGCAAUUCUAGAGUGAGCAUGUUUCAAUUUGAAUAUUGAGCCGAUACAUUUUUGGGGGCAAAAAAUGAAAUUUUAAGUGCAUCUGUCAUGGCAGGCUACAAACAGAUUGCAUUAAAAAAGUGAUCAGAAUAAUUGGAAAUGCUAUUGCCACAAGAGACAACUAGAUAAAAUAAUUUUAAAAAAAUAAUCCAAGGGCUAUGGCAUUGUGUAUAUGUACUGUACACAUAAAUGGAUGUUACCUUCAGGAUGUGUAAUUGGUGCUACUAACUCUUUGUGGCCACCCUGUGGUCAUUUGCUGUAAAACAAAGACAAAGAAAUCAAUGCAGUUUUCAAUGGCACUGAGCUGCAUCAGUGAAUCUAGCGGUCCCUACACGGUGCUAUUGCCCUAAUACAAACUCUAAUUGAUUUUAUGCAUGUAGAAUGUAGUCAGACUGAUGUGGAGCCCCAAAACUUAGAUCGGUUUCUAUUAUAAAACAUCAGCACAUGUAUUUGACAGCUGACUAAAAACCCAGCUGCUCUUUUUUAUAUAUGUGUUCUGAACAAAUUUGCAAAUCUCUUCCUGCCAUUUUAGACACAAACACACACAAUAUUACCAUAUACAAAACUUCCUGCAAUACAUCUCAGUGAGUCCACCUAGUUUACAACUUAAAAAUUGUUUGUGAAACAUUUGUCUGUAUACAUUUUAUAUUUUGUACAUUUUUGAUGUAACAUAUCAUGUAAAUAGACAGAAACAGUGAAAUAAAUCAUCUGAAAAGUUUUGUAGUCUUUGUAAAGCCCUAAUAAUAAGUAUUUGGUGUCAUCGGACUUAACUGGAUGAUGUAUUUUUAUUGGUUUAUUGUUCCUCUAGCUUGUAAACCAGCUUGCAUAUAUUUUUUUGCAGGUGUGCACACUGUAUCUGUCUAAAUUAUUACUUUGACAUUAAAGUGGAAUUAUUUA